GCGAUUCAUUGUUCCCAGUAGUGCCAGUUGGAGUGGAGUCAACCAGUGACCAUGUCAGACACGGCAAGAGACAGUUGUGGAGGAAGUGUUGCUAAACACAACAGCAGAGAAGCAGACAGGACGGCAUGCACCAAGAACCUAACAGAGACUGAUGCCUUCAUCAGAAGCUCUUUAGCUUUGGAUCCUGCAGAGGAGUACAAAAUGGACAACAAAAAACGAGGCCUUGCACUCAUCUUUAACCAGGAGCGCUUCUUCUGGCGUCUUGGGUUGAGUGACAGGCAUGGAACCAAUGCUGACCGCUACAACCUGGAGAAAAGAUUGAAGGACCUGGACUUUGAAGUGAGGGCUUAUGAUAACUGCAAACAGGUGGAAGUUUUAGAUACAAUCAGUGAAGCCGCGGAGGACAACCAUACAGACGCAGACUCCUUUUUGCUCGUCUUCCUGAGCCACGGCGAGAACGAUCACGUUUUCGCCCAUGAUGGCAAGAUCAGCAUUCAGGAUAUCACAUCCCUGUUCAAAGGAGACAAGUGCAAGAGCCUCAUAGGGAAGCCAAAGAUCUUUAUAUUACAGGCAUGCCGCGGAGACAAGCACGACAAUCCAGUGACUGCCUGUGAUGCUGUGGACAGCGAGCUGAAGACGAAUGAAGUGGUGGUGGACGCCAGUGCUAUAUACACCCUCCCUGCUGGAGCUGAUUUCAUCAUGUGCUACUCUGUGGCUGAAGGCUACUAUUCCCAUCGGGAGACCAUCAACGGGUCCUGGUAUGUCCAGGAUCUGUGUGAGCUGCUUCAGAAGUACGGGGACUCCCUUGAAUUCACAGAGUUACUCACGCUGGUCAACAGGAAGGUGUCGAUGAGGAGCGUUGGCAACAGUAGUGACCGCAAUGCCAUUGGGAAGAAGCAGGUGCCUUGCUUUGCUUCGAUGCUCACCAAGAAGCUUUACUUCCGACAAAAACAGUAACAGUUUCAGACUGAGCUGUUAUUAAUAAUAAUACCUGGGAAACAUGGUCUCACUGUUUUUCUCUAUUCCUCCACUGUAUUUUGUUUCUAAACAUUAUUAUUCACACAUGCGUUGAACAAUCAGCUUAUUGACAGCAGUGGUUAUAAAAUAACGGGAACAACUUCUAUACACAUGCACUGAAGACAUAUGACUAUUCUUGGCUUUAGGCCAUCACGCCACUUCUGAAACCUCAUGUCAUUUAAAAUUGUGUUUACAUUUAUCAUGUUAAUUAUCUUCUGAAGAUACCAGAUUUCUUGGGAGGGUCAAACCUUGACCUGGUUGAUAAAGGGUUUUAGAUUUCUUUGCAUUGGCAUGACAGAGAAUCCAGAAGCAUUUGUACAGAUUAGAGGAGAAAUCAUGUCACAGUAUUUGAUUUACUGGUUUAUCUGGUCCAAUCUGAACCUGACUUCUCACACUAAUCUGGUUUCCAGUUUAAAUGUAAACAUAGAGUAGAUGUUAUAAUGCAAUCUAACACCCCGCAGUUUUCAAAAGUUUACAAUACUCAGCAGACUUUUUGCUAAUAUCUACCAUCAUUCUAUUAUUUAUUUGAUAACCCAUUUGGCCCCAGAAGUCCAACGUGAAGUUUUUAUUUAGUUUACAAGAUUACAAUUUUUUUUUUUUUGUACAUUUGUGACACAAAUGUGUUGAGGGUAUUUUUUUUGAGACCAUGUUGUUUGGUCUUGUUGUAUUGAAUUGCAUUAUGUUUUAAGGUGUUCCUGUUAUUUUGUCCAACCUAUUUAAAUCACUACACAUCUUUGCACUC